AUGACCGUUGACUCAUCAUGGUUUCCCAAGACCUGCCCGCACCGCGCCGCGUCCACCGAGCCUGUUCAGACCCGAGAAGUGCUGCUAGCACUGCGAAGCCGAGCAACAAGUGCCUGUCAGGCGUUAAACUGCGAUUCGCUGACCAGCUGGCGCUUCGGCACACACAGCUUGCUUAGUGCUAAAGACCGGGGAGAGAUAAUCACGAGGGGCGGGGGUAGUGAUGUGGACUUGAACCCCGAGAUGCAACGAUGCCCAGGCGCGGACCCUGCGGCCCCGACCGCCCUGCCUGCCGACCCACUGCCAAUUGCCCCUGAGCACCGGCGGGGCAGGAAGCGCUCACCGUCUCAGCAGGUCAGUAGCCGGCGCCACCGCGGGCGUCCUGGAGACGGAGCUGGGCGACGCGGCCGCGUCUGCCACCGGGGUUGUGGCCCCGCCAGGAACGCGGUUCCCGGGCAUCGCCAGCGGCCCGCGCACCGCUCAAGCGCGACUCCCAGCACUCCGCAGACGUCGCCUCUCCGCCCCGAGGAGCCAGGCGUUGCUCCUCCCGCCCUGCCCACUCCCGCGGGCGGUCCAGCGGCGUGGAGCGCGGGAAACCGGAGGCGGGGCGGGAGCGGUUCCGCGGCACAGGAAGCGGCAGGCUCCGCGGUCUUCGCCCGCCAGGGUGAGCAGCCCUGGGUGCCCUGUCGCCAGGCUUGAAAACCUCUUUAAGUUUACAUGCUGUAAUGAUACCAGCUGCCAUGUCAGGAAGCCCCACGUGGCAGAGAAUGGAAUGGGGCCUCCAGCCAACAGCCAGUGAUGAACUGAAUCCUGCUAGCACCGUGUGAGUCAGCCUGGAAGCAGACCCCUUCCCAGGUGUCAUAAAGGAUGUGCAGA